UUUAUUGAAAUCAGAAUGAGUACUACAAUAUUUGUCGAUGUGUUAUUGGUGUUGCUGGUUAUGGGACGAACUGUCAUGACAAUUAGUUGGAGUGUAGUGAACAAUCCUGUUAUAUUUGGGAGAGACGUUAUAUUAAGGUGUCAUGUAGGUAAUUUAGAUUGCAAUGUUUCCGGAACUGCGCAUGAUACACGACAGUGGACCGGUGGUCAACAUUACAAGUUACUUUGUGCGACAGUAGGCUGUACAGAUCCAAAAUAUAAAAUGAUGACAAGAAAUAUAAGUCACGACUUUGAUUUAUUGAUCCGAAAUUUUAGUGAAUCUGAUCUAGACUGCAAAUACACUUGUCAGUGUGGACAUGAAGUGAACACGACCACACUAUCUAUUGAACAGAACAAGUUUAUUUGUGAAUUACUGAAUUAUACAUCAAAGGAGAAAGGCACCAACACUGCCUAA